GCGGCGCCCCUCCCCCAGCGCGCUCCGGAGAAGAUGGCGGACCGCGCGGAGAUGUUCGCUCUCUCCACCUUCCACUCGCUGUCGCCGCCCGGCUGCAGGCCUCCUCAGGACAUAAGCCUGGAAGAAUUUGACGAUGAAGACCUGUCUGAGAUCACCGAUGACUGUGGCCUGGGCCUCAGCUAUGACUCGGACCACUGCGAGAAGGACAACCUCUCCCUGGGGCGUUCGGAGCAGCCGCACCCCAUCUGCUCCUUCCAGGAUGACUUCCAGGAGUUUGAGAUGAUCGAUGACAAUGAAGAGGAAGAGGAGGAGGAGGAAGAGGACGAGGAGGAAGGAGAGGAAGAAGGAGAGGACAAGGCAGGGGGAAGACCCCACUCAGAAGCUCCUGCUCUGGAGCUGCUGAUCCCCUCCCCCUCCCUGGAGGAGCCCCACAAGCACCGGCCCACCACACUCCACCUGACCACACUGGGAGCCCAGGACUCCCUGAACAACAACAAUGGUGGCUUUGCCCCAGUGCCUCCAGGCUCCUGGCAGGAGACAGCGCUGUGCUCAUCCCCUCAGGAGCCCCUCCGAGGAGAGCCACCAGCCCCUCGCCCGCCCGCUGAAGCCUGUCCCCGGGGGACACAGUCGCCUGUGGGCUCAGGUUGUGACUGUGAAGGGAACCGGCCUGUGGGGCCCCUAGCGCCCAACGAGGCCUCGCCCUCCUCGGAUCCUGGCAUCGAGGUUGACCUGGGGAGCGGCUCCAGUGGGGACCGUGGGGGCCGUCGCAGCAGCCAGGAGCUGUCCUCGCCAGGCUCUGACUCCGAGGACGCAGGGGCAGCGCGCCUGGGGCGCAUGAUAUCGUCCAUCUCGGAGACGGAGCUGGAGCUGAGCAGCAGCAGCGGCCGCUCCUCGCACCUCACCAACUCCAUCGAGGAGGCCUCAUCGCCUGCCUCGGAGCCGGAGCCUGCCGGCGAGCCCCCGCGCCGCCCUGCCUUCCUACCCGUGGGCCCCGACGACACCAACAGCGAGUAUGAGUCAGGCUCGGAGUCGGAGCCGGACCUCAGUGAGGACGCCGACUCGCCCUGGCUGCUCAGCAACCUCGUGAGCCGCAUGAUCUCCGAGGGCUCCUCGCCCAUCCUCUGCCCUGGCCAGUGCCUGUCUCCCGCACUGCGUCCUCCUGGGGAGCCCACCUCGCCGGCUGGUGGGGCCCCGGAGGCUGCGGGCCCCGGAGGCGUGGAGCUGGUGGACAUGGAGACACUGUGCGGGCCGCCGCCCUCCGCCCCGGCCGCGCCUCGGCCCGGCCCCGCACAGCCCGGGCCCUGCCUCUUCCUCAGCAACCCCACGCGCGACACCAUCACGCCACUGUGGGCUGCCCCCGGCCGCGCUGCCCGCCCCGGCCGCGCCUGCUCCGCUGCCUGCUCAGAGGAAGACGAGGAGGAGGAGGAGGAGGAGGAGGCCGAGGACAAAGCGGGGCCCCCGGGGGGCAGGGGCGCAGGCCCUGAGGCGCCGCUGGAUGCCUCGCUGGUGUAUGACGCAGUCAAGUACACGCUGGUGGUGGAUGAGCACACGCAGCUGGAGCUGGUGAGCCUGCGCCGCUGCGCCGGCCUGGGCGACGACAGUGAGGAGGACAGUGGUGGCGAGGCCAGCGAGGACGAGGCGGGGGCUGCCCUGCUGGGUGUUGGUCAGGGCCCGGAGGGCGCCUCCCCAGACAGCCCCGACCUCACCUUCUCCAAGAAGUUCCUCAACGUCUUCGUCAACAGCACAUCUCGGUCAUCCAGCACUGAGUCCUUCGGCCUUUUUUCCUGUCUGGUCAACGGGGAGGAGAGAGAGCAAACCCAUCGGGCUGUCUUCAGAUUCAUCCCUCGCCACCCCGACGAGCUGGAGCUGGAUGUGGACGACCCGGUGCUGGUGGAGGCCGAGGAGGACGACUUCUGGUUCCGCGGCUUCAACAUGCGCACGGGGGAGCGUGGGGUCUUCCCUGCCUUCUACGCCCACGCGGUGCCCGGCCCUGCCAAGGACCUGCUGGGGAGCAAACGGAGCCCCUGCUGGGUGGAGCGCUUCGACGUGCAGUUCCUGGGCUCUGUGGAGGUGCCCUGUCACCAGGGCAAUGGCAUCUUGUGCGCAGCCAUGCAGAAGAUCGCCACUGCCCGGAAACUGACGGUCCACUUGCGUCCUCCUGCCUCCUGUGACCUGGAGAUAUCUCUUCGGGGGGUCAAGCUGAGUCUGAGCGGUGGACCCGAGCUCGAGCACUGCAGCCAUUUCUUCCAGAUGAAGAACAUCUCCUUCUGCGGCUGCCACCCUCGCAACAGCUGCUAUUUUGGCUUCAUCACGAAACACCCUCUGCUGAGCCGCUUUGCCUGCCAUGUCUUUGUCUCCCAGGAGUCGAUGAGGCCCGUGGCCCAGAGUGUGGGCCGCGCCUUCCUGGAGUAUUACCAGGAGCACCUGGACUACGCCUGCCCCACAGAGGACAUCUACCUGGAGUAGCUGCCCGCCACACUCCUGCUCCAGGUGCAGCUGGUGUUGGGGUAUCUGAGAGGCCACGCGGCUUUGGCAAGGACUGGAUUGGGGGCACGUGGGACCUGCCUUCCGGGGAGUCUCAGACACUCCUUGCUUGGCAGGGGCUGCGGGAGGGAGAGCUGUGCCCCCCGCUUUCCCUGUGAUCUCCUGUCUGUCUGUGUGCCUCCUCUCCUCGUGUCUGUCUCUGCCCCGUGCCUGCAAACUCUCCCCUCGCUCUUCACUGUGGGGUCAGAGCUGGGAGGGGGUGUGGAGGAAGGAGAGGCUCCAUCCAGGUGAUUGAUAAAGCCAGGCUCCCAGGUGGCCCCUCACGCCCCUCCCCAGUGAUGUAAAAGGAAUUUUAAUUUUUAUAGUGAAUCUCAAGGGGUCACCCCAUCCUUGACCACAGGGACAAAGAGAGGGACCCCCACGCUGCCCCACAUGGAGCUCAGGGGGAAGCAGGGAGGGGUUCCCCAGAAGGGCUUUGGGGAUACUCCUCAAGCCCCAGACUUUGCUCGAAGGAGGGUGCCCUGCCCCGUGCUCUGCCACACCAGCGUCUGCUUUGCCGCUGCAAACUCCCCGCAGUCCAGCACCUCAAUAAA